UGACAGUAGUUUAGUGCAGUAGUUCUCAACUGAUUUUGCUUCAGGACCCAGAUUUUACACUGGAAAUCAAGUGGUGACCCAAUGCAGUACGAACAUAGUUAUGUUUACAUACCAAAUUGAAUUUCAGUGGUUUAAGCCAAUAAUUUAAUUUAGUGUGGGUCAAUUUAUUUUACUUCGUGUUGCGAAAACAAGGUGAUGUCAAGUAACUUGUGCAUGUUAGCAUGUGUCUAAUUUAGAUAGUUUCUACCAAGUGACAGAUGUAUUUGUGAGUUUGUUUGCACUGCCUUUGUUGUCAACAACAAAAGAUAUAGGAAGUGUUUUCUCCCUUUUAAAAUUUAAAGGACUAUUUAUUUAUUUAUUUAUUAACCUAACAAUGCACAAUUAUAUGGUUAGUUGCAUUUUCUAAUUUGCAUUUAGCAUUGAUUUUCUCUGCUGUCCAUGGAACAGAUUUUUAACAUGUUGGUCUGUUCCAUGGACAGCAGAGAAAUGAACAUAAUUAACAUGUUGUUCACAUGUAUUGAUGCACAGAUGCAUCAGUUUAUUAUAUCUUCUUUUGUUUAUAGUUAAUAAGAAACAAUGACAUACCAAUAUAUUGUAUUUGAGGCAGUUAGCUUCAAUACUAGUCACUGAUUUAGGUCAGUAGAUUAACAGCAAAGGCAUUUUACAAAUAAUCUGAUGAGCUUGUUGUUGUUUAUCAUGUGCAAGCUUACACUGAUGGAUACGAAUACACUGUAUGUCUCUACAUGUUGUUGAAGAGAAAAACAGAGGCAGCAAGAUAAGGGGAUUUAGCCACCUUUCCUAGCAAUGCCUACAGCAGAUGUUUGUAAGAUUACAUCUAGAUGCCAACAAGGGCAAAAAUCUGUUGCCUUGCAACUAGAAUGAUGUUGGGGUGGAUGAAACAAACAAAAAAACAAAAAGAAAACAAAAACAAAACGAUUACUGUGGCAGCUGUUUUAUGUAUUUGUAACAUAACACUGAUAACUAGGAUGUGAGGACACUGGGGGCUUAGCAGAGACACAACUGUGUGCUACUGAAAUAAUUUAUUUCUCAGAGUUUAACAGUGAGAUGCACUUUUUUCAUCACGAUGUGCAUUUGCACUGCAAAAGCAAUGUGGUCACGUGCGUUUUCAAGUGCCUCUGAAUGUGAGUUUGAGUAAUCCAAUCACAAAACUUUUAGGAGUUGUUUACGCCUGAAUUUAGUGCAGUCCCCUUGAGAUCAGAUAACUCUGAACAGAUUUUAAUACCAUGUGUAAACAGGGUCAACAUACAUUCUGCUUAUUUGGAUUAAACUGAAUAAAAACAAUGAUAUUUUUAAAAGCCAGUGCUGAUGCUCAACAGCACCUUGAAUAUUUAGGCUUUCUAAUAACAGGCUUUCUGAAAUAUUGUGCUUCUUCCAUAAUCUUUUCCAUGUGAGGGAUCUGUUUAAUUUUCAAAAUAGUUUCUCACUGAGUACUAUCUCUAUUUCCUUUUCCAAGCCCUCUUCUUAGUGUGAAUCAGUGAUUCUCAAUACCCCCCCCCCCCACCCCAUGAGGUGAAAGCAGAGGAAAAUCCCCUCAAAUAUGAUCCCUCAACAACAAAGCACUGAGCAUGCUCAGUGGACUCUGUGAUGCUGUUGCUAUAGGAUGGUGUGAGGCUCAGAACCACUGUACUGGUGGAGGAUGGAGAUGAGAGGAACAGAUGAGUCGUGAGGAGUGCUGAACAGAAAGAAGUGUGACUAAAGUGGAACUAAUAGAGCAACCUCACCCAUUUCCUUUCUUUUUAUUUGUAUUUAUCUUUUACUUUGCUUAAGUUUGUGCUCAGUGGAUGCAGAGCAUGAGGUUGUGGUCAUGCGGCAUGUUUGCCCCAGUUACUGUGCAGACAGAGUGAAAGUGUCUGUGCUGCCUCUUGGAUUAAUGGAGCUUCACGGCUAGUAAUGGAAAUGCAGAUAUCUGAUGUUACAAGAGGUUCUGCUGAGCUUUGCGUGCACACUCUAGGAUCUGUUUGUCACUUAACCAACCUGACUUACAAGGACUGAUGUUUUCAUGUGCUGUUGCUUAGAAAAUGGAUGUCUCUCCAAAGUCAGGAGGGACCCUGAUUGUGUUCCAGGUCCCCCAAGUUCAGUCUGUUGGGUGGCACCUAUAUAACUCUGUACAGGCACCCAGAUGGCCAUGCACUCUGAAUCUCACCCACAGUAUAUCUCUGCCUGAGAGGGGAGAUGUCCCCAGAGAAGUACUUGACUAUGGAAGUAUAAGCCACAACUGCACGUCAAGUUCCACGGAAACUGCAAACAGAAAUUCCAAAGGAUAUGAGUCAUUCCCAACUCUCCAACUGUUCUCUAGUUUCUCAGAGAACUCCUCAUUAACCAGUCCUCAAGGAAGAAAAGAGCCGUCGCACCGCAGAGGUACUCCCAGAUGGCAAAACCUUUUCAUCCCUGAAUCAGAGCUGAAUGAGGAUGAGGAAGAUGAAGAUUCAGAUGGAGACAACUUGCACAAAUACCAUGAGGGGUCAUCCCUAUAACUACAAGGUAAUUUCAAUGUGGUGCAAAAUAUGGCCACAGGGUAUUCUACUGAAUUUUCAGAGCCUUUUGCCACAGAAUCCAAGACUGGUGGUUCUUUGUUCAGCCAGAACAUUUUAAGCUGUGACAUGAACCCUUUUAGCAAAGCCAAAGAACAUAAAGAACAAGGGAGUACAACAGAUUCAGAUUGUCAAGAUCGCAGGGAUAGCAAAGAAACCCCUAUAUUAAUGGAUUGUAAUGAGCAAGAUUGGGGUGAUGAAGACUAUUGCAAGCAUACUCUUGAGGACCCUGAUAAUUGGUGGGCUCAAACUGAAAACCUCUUGGAUUGCGAAUCCUUCAGUCAAAACCCAAUAGAAUAUAUCACAGACUCAUCUUGUAACAGCUCUGAUGGAGUAUUGGUUAACUUCAGUGUCAUCUACAACAAAACCGACAAUGUGGUUCCUGCAUCUCCACUUAACCUAGAUUGUCCAGUUCAUGAGUCAAGUACAAUGUCACAAGAUGGUUCCAACCCUAUGCCCAGCUGGUCACCUCACAACAAUGAUCCAAACUGCAACAUCUAUCCACUUGAUUCUGAUGGCUUUUCAAUAGAAAUUUCUGACCUCACCAUGUGUCUGCAGAGUCAGGCACGGCUGGCAGGUUCCACCCAGAAUUAUUAUAAACUUGUUACAUGUGACCUAUCAUCUCAGUCUUCACCAAGCCCAGCUUGGUCUUCUUUGACCAGUUUCUUUGAGACUCAUAGCCAGGAAAGCUGUUCUCCACACUCAGAAUAUUUCCUCUUCAGACAGUCAGAGGGAGAGGAAACGGAGGGGCCAAAGUUUGACCAAAGAAUACAUCAGGGAAAUGGGCACAUUGAGGUGAAGAACACUAAACGAGCCACCAGGAACCAAUAUAAGGGAAAAAAAGAGAGAAUUGCACAUGCAAAAACACGUCAAUCUGCUACAAGCAUCUCAGAACAUGACAGCUGUAAUGACAUCACGACGACUCAGUCUCAAAGCUGGAUUGGCUCUACCCUGUCAAAGCACAGAGCCCUACAAAACAGCUGUCCAAGCCAUUUAGACACAAACUUUGCUUCACCUCUAUCCAUGCAACAUGCCACCUCAUUUGCGGAAAUUGCCCGAUGUGAGAAGGAAAAUAGAGAUUCAUCACCUAUGAAAAACAGCACAGAGGGUCCUACGGGCUCACACUUCAUCCAGAAAGAGGAUGCUUCAGACCAGAACACUAUGUCAUUCAACCCUAAACAGAAAAACAACAUGGCAGCAAAUUCACUGAGUGCUGACAGUGGAAAUCAAUCCAAUCCAGAGGGUGCUUGCACUUCAUCGAUGGAGGUUGUGCGCUACACAAAAGCACAAAGGCCCACCUCUCUCCCCAUCCAACCUUUUGUACUUCAAGCACCCUCAGGAAAACAGAGCAAGGCACUUGGAUCCCUUCUUAAUCAGUACAUUAGCCACAAGUACAGCAAGACUGGGCCAUCCAAUGCUACUAGCAAAAGCAAAGGACAUUCACACCAUAUGCCAACCUCACCUUUUGGGAGUUACUCUGCCACCCACCUGGAGACAGCCACCAGCUCUGACACUUGUUCCACCUGCACAUCAAGUCCUAUUUUGCCCUUCAGUCAUCCCCAAUGUACCCAACCUAGCACAAUGUUAGGGCUCAUUCAACAAAACCUAGACUUGAACAGAAGUCCACAUAUGAGCCCAAUGACAGCAAGAAAUCCUCAAAACACAGAGCACACAAAGGAGAGUCCAAAGGCCUGUUCAAACCACACAUACCCAACCCAAAAACAUAACUGGACUGGAAAACAACAAGCUUUUCCACAGUCAUUGACCUCCACAAACCAGGAACAGAAAUGUCCUCCAGAGCAGCUGCCCCUUGUUCAGACUCCACCAAUAAUCAGAGAGGAGCUGUUGGCCAAGGACCCUCAGUAUUCCUCAUACCCUUCUCAUCAAGGUUUCUCCCCUGCCACUACCUCCAUCACCUCCUUGGCUUGCAUCAACUCUCUCAUCUCUUUACCCUGUACUGGACAAAGAUCCCUGUGGCCUUUUGAAGCAGCCUCACAGGUCUGCACCAAUGAAGAACUCAACACCAAUGUCCACCAUAUCUUUGGGCCAAGGAGGUCACCUUGUGUAAUGAGGGAACUUCAUCAUGGUGACUCAUUCACCAUGGCUGAUAGACCCCCUGUGGAGUUCUGCCUUUUUCCAGAAGCCCGUUUAGAAGUUAUCUCACUUGAUUUUCUGCACAAGAGAAGUAUGUUGAAAGCUGUGAGUUUGGCAGUGGAUCAGAUAACAGCACAUUUCAGUUCAAGACAAGAUCCAGAGGAAAAGAUCAGACUUGAGAACAGUUCACUGUGCACCAGUAUCAGCCAACUUGUCCACAAACAGCUCUGCCCCGCAAUCCAGAACAUUCUUUACAAUGGUCUGAAAGCCUAUAAAUUGGACCUGAUCAUUGGACAGCGUCGCAACAAACUAUGGAAUGUCAUAGAGGCAACUGCUCAGCCAGGUUCAUCUAGCCGAAUGCCUGACAGCUUGGUAUCUGUGGUAAAGAAAUGUUCCCAAUUAUCAAGUCACAGUAUGAGGCUAAAUGUCUUCAUCAUGGAUCUGCUAAACUUGCGUGCUCUGGAAUUUUGGAUACAUCAUUUAUACACUUGUGUAGAUGUUUUGAUGGAACACUAUCACCAAUGGGGUUUCUUGGCUCUGGCCCAGGGGCCAACAUACAAGGCAUUGUUCCAGGAGCUGCUCCUCUUGACGAAGCCACUCUCCUUGCUGCCUUUUGAUCUCCAUCUGCCAUCUGAACCUCACCUUCAAAGAAAGCAGAAGCAAAACCAAAGAGUACCUCAGACACCCACCUCAGAUUGUGGAAUGGCAAUCAGCUGUUCUGACAGUACACUUAGGGAAGAGGAUGAUGAGGUGCCUGGAUCUUCACCAAGGCCUCAGGAGGACGAAUCUUUAGGUGAGCUGCGUUGGGCCAGGCUCUUUGGCUCUGGAGUUGGAACCCCAGUUGGGUCAGAGAGGGCCCAAAAGAACUUCAGUGGAACUCUGAGAAGUAGGCGGCCCUCAGAAUGGCUCAAGCUUGGUGCAUCAAAAGUGGAUCUGCUUGCACAGUCAGUGUGGACAGUGAAAUGGCCAGAGUUUCAUCUGAGUAGGAACCAUGUCAAAAGCACAGCAAAUGAAGAACAAAUUCUAAAUCUAAAAAGCCUGUAAGGAUUCUGAUUUUAGAAAGACAGUAUAGAAGCACAAUUAAUCCAUAAUAACAAAAAAGCACCAGAAUAAUAUUUUAAGAUUAAUGUAUAAUUGCUUACUGAACUGAUACACCCUGUACAAUCCAUUGAAAGUGCACCAUAUCUUUUCCUCAAUGCUAUAUAGAAUGGUGCCUUGAAGUUAUUUCCUAAUCAAGAGAAAUUGCAUUAUACAUUGGGUUUUUUUUUAAGAUAUAUUUGAAUAUUUACUACCUUUAGGCCAUGAUGUGAUUAUAAAGGUUUUAGAUUAAAUUUAUCAUAUUUAAUCAAAGCAUAGUAUCUAGAGUAUUUGAUGAGGAUGGAUAUUUUCUGCCAGUACUCAAGCACAAAACUGGAACUGAGGUCCCCAGAUGUCUUUUCCAAACAAUCCCUGCACUUUCUCUAUGUCUCAGGUUAGCUGUCCAUGUAAAAAAAAAAAAAAAGUUUGUUUUUGCUGUUGUUGAACUCUGUGGCUUUAUAAAAAGUACAUAUCUGGUCUGUGUCCAUUAUUUUGGUAUUAUGCUGCAUGACUGCAUAAAUGAUGAGGCAUGACAAACAAAUUGUUGUUUUUCCUAUUAUGUACUAAGUGAAUUAGUAUUCCUGGAUUUAUUGCGUUUUUGCACGAUUAAAUCUAUUAAAUAUAAAUAUUUUCUUUUCAUAAAGAUGCAUGCAGAGUAUUUGUGUUUUUACUACUGUUUCAGCAGCUGGACUAGUUAAGUAGUGGUAUUGAUCCCUGCUGUUUAGUGACAGUCACAUGGACAAGAGCUUUUGAUUAUGAGUCACUGUGGGAGAAAGAUUUUAAAUGGCAGUGGUUUUCCUAUUUCCUGAUAUUAAAGUUGUGCCUAAUGAGAUCCUUGUGAAAAUAAAUUUUCAUUAAAGUUUGUAUUGUGUUUGUACUGGUGUACAUGUAUAGACUUGUAUGGAAUGCCACAGGGAUCAGUUUUAGGGCCUCUGUUUUUCUCCUUAUAUAUGCUUCCCCUGGGAGAUAUUAUCAGGAAUCGUGGAAUAAGUUUCCACUGUUAUGCCGACGAUACCCAACUUUAUAUUUCUUCAAAACCCGACGAAAUUUCACAAUUCUCCAAAUUAGCAGAGUGUAUUUAAAUGAAAUCAAAGACUUGAUGUCCAGAAAUUUCCUUCUACUCAGUUCCAACAAACAGAAGUACUAAUUAUUGGACCAAAAACCUCUAAAAAUAAGCCGCUAAAAAAUAAUUUGACUCUCAAUAGAUGUACUGUUACACCGUCUUCUACAGCAAAUAAAUUAGGUGUUAUAUUUGAUACCGAUCUGUCCUUUGAAAAUAACAUUUCCAGUGUUUGUAGAACAGCAUUCUUACACCUCAGAAAUAUUACUAAGUUACGACACAUGCUCUCUGUUGCUGAUGCCGAAAAACUAAUUAAUGCGUUCAUGACCUCAAGACUAGUUUAUUGUAAUGUAUUAUUGGGAGGAUGUACUGCAAGUUCAGUAAAUAAACUUAAAUUGGUUCAAAAUGCAGCAGCCAGAGUGCUGACUAGAACCAAGAAAUAUGAUCAUACUAGCCCCAUUUUAUCAUCAUUACAUUGGCUACCUGUUAAAUUUUGUAUUAAUUUUAAAAUAUUGUUAUCUACAUAUAAAGCUUUGAAUGGUCUAGCUCUGCAGUACUUAAGUGACAUUCUACCAUGCUAUAUUCCAUCACGUUCAUUAUGAUCGCAAAUUUCUGGCUUGUUAAUAGUUCCUAGAAUAUCAAAAUCCACAAAAGGAGGUAGAUCCUUUUCCUAUUUGGCUCCUAAACUAUGGAAUAGUCUCCCUAACACUGUUCAGGACACAGACACACUCACUCAGUUUAAGUCUAGACUAAAGACUCAUCUAUUUAGCCAGGCAUACACGUAAUUUAUCCAUCAACUCACAAUUAGACUGCUUUAGUUAGGUCUGCCGGAACCAGAAACAUUUAUCAUGAUCUAUAACUCUGCAUAAAAUUGAAUGGCAUCUACGCUAAUAUUAUUCUAUUUGUUUCCCUGUCUCAACAUCUGGAUUCAUAUUCCGAGGUUACCAGAGCCGGCCAGAUCCAGCUCCGUUCCUGCUUGGUGUCAGACUCCACUGCUGUGAGUCUCUGAAUGAUGAUGACUAAAUGCAGCCUGUGCCAGCCAGACAUCACUUCAGUCUAUUACGAUGGACUUCAGGGGAUGAACUGAUGCCAACUCCAACCAUAAAACAUGUGAUACUUCAUAUGCCACUGCCUGAAACGUGGACUUAGGAUAGACCACACUGAAAUGACCUGGUUUCUCCCAAGGUUAUUUUUCUCCAUUAACCAACAUCUUAUGGAGUUUUGUGUUCCUUGCCACAGUCACCUUCGGCUUGCCCACUGGGGUUCUAAAUAUAAUUAUUAUUUAAUUAUUUAUUUUUAUACACAAUUUACAGUCAUAUUUAAUCAAACUACACAAUGAUGACUCUAAGACUUUAUAAAUAUUACAGUUUCAAUUUCUGUUAAUGCAUUAUUUUCUGUAAAGCUGCUUUGAAAAGAUGUGUGUUGUGAAAAGUUCUAUAUGAAUAAAAAUGACUUGACUUGAUUGAUGUCUUUUGAAAAGAAAAAUCUGUUCUGUCCAUUUGCUUAAAUGAGAAGCUAUCUUGUCAGUGAUCACAUAGGUUUUGGGUAGUUGAUGCAUAAU